CGUGACGCUCGUGACUACCACUUUAAAUGAGUUCAGAGUUCAGCGCCGCACGUGGUUAAAGCAACAUGGCCGCGUCCAGUACGUUUUAGUGAGGAGUGGAAUUGAAAGUAAAUAUAAGAAGCAUCAACAGAGUAAUGGCAGAUGUUAGUGACAGCCCCGUGGCUGAUACUCCACCCUCAAAGGAGGAGAAGCCUGAUGACGCCCCCCAGGACUCCAACAGCGAUGGCGUAAAGUCUGAUGUCAAAGCUGAAGGGGAGGCCGAGGCGACUCCUGACCCCUCCAUGUACCGCUACAUCAAAGAGGACCUCUUCACGUCUGAGAUCUACAAAGUGGAGAUCAAGAAUCUCCCCAAGUUCACCGGCUUCAACGACCUGAAGAAGUUCCUGGCCAAACACAGCCUCAACCCGCACAAAAUCAAGCUGUUCGGCAAGCAGACGUUUGCCUUCGUCACCUUUAAGAAUGAGGAAGAGCGCGACAAGGCCAUGAAGAUGGUUCAUGGCAUGCAGUGGAAGGGCCAGGUGCUGAGCGUCAGGCUGGCCAAACCCAAAGUAGACCCCAUCCUGAGGAAGAGGAAGCAGCAGGAGGAGGGGGAGGGCACGGGAGGGCAGCCGCCAUCCAAGCGGACAGAGGGGGAUGAGGAAGAGGAGCCGCUCAGUGUCCAGAUCGCCAACGUGGUGACUCCUCUGUGGAAUGUGCCUUACGAGGAGCAGCUGAGGAUGAAGGAGCAGGAGGUGGAGGCGGUUCUGCAGAGGCUCGCCAGAGAGAUUGGCAGCACCAACAAAGCCAUGUUGCCCUGGCUGUUUGCGCAGAAAGGGAAAUACAACAACAUGUGUUGUUCUCUGGAAGCUAUCCGACCGUCUCCUACACAGACGGAGUACAGAAACAAGUGCGAGUUCCUUAUUUCAGUGGGAGCAGAUGGAGAGGAUAAGACCGUCGGGUUCCGCCUGGGGAAAUAUAAAGGCGGCUCCUGUGCUGUGGUCGGGCCGGGCGAGACGCGCCACGUCUCAGCCGAGGCCAAGAGAGUGGUCCGAGAGUUUCAGAAGUUCAUCAGGACAACAUCGUACUCCGUGUACAGUCCUGAAACGUACCACGGACACUGGAAGCAGCUGACCGUGAGGACUACGAGGACCAAACAAGCCAUGGCUGUAGCGUUCUUCAACCCACAGAAACUUGAAGAAGAGGAAGUCAAUGCAUUGAAGAGCUCCAUGAGGACGUACUUUACAGAAGGGGAGGGGAAAGACAGCGGAGUAACGUCUCUGUACUUUGUUAGAGAGGGUCAAAGGACUUCUCCUAACCUCGAGGACUUGCCCUGUGAGCUGGUGGCUGGAGAGGGCAGCAUCCACGAAGAGCUCCUGGGUCUUAAGUUCAGAAUAUCUCCUCAUUCCUUCUUCCAGGUGAAUACAGGAGCUGCAGAGGUGCUGUACUCUGCUGUGGGGGAAUGGGCCCAGCUGGAUCAGGACAGCACAGUUCUGGAUGUGUGCUGUGGGACGGGAACCAUCGGCAUCUCUCUGGCUAAGAGGGUGAAGAAGGUGAUUGGGAUUGAAAUGUGCCAUGAAGCCGUGGAGGAUGCCAAAGUUAAUGCGAAGCUAAACGGUCUGACUAAUGUUGAGUUUCACUGUGGGAAAGCGGAGGAUGUGUUCCCCAACAUUGUCAAUGCUCUCGUGUCGUCCAACGUCACAGCCAUAGUGGAUCCACCGAGGGCGGGGCUACAUUCCAAGGUGGUUCUGGCCAUCAGGAAGGCGGAGCACCUGAAGAGGCUGGUUUAUGUGGCAUGCAAUGCUAAGGCAGCCAUGACCAACUUCAUCGAUCUGUGCAGAGCGCCAUCCAACAGAGUUCGCGGGGCGCCGUUCCGACCCGUGAGAGCCAUGGCCGUGGACCUGUUCCCUCAGACCAUCCACGUGGAGAUGCUCCUGCUGCUGGAGAGAGUGGACUACGACUCCAGCAAGAAAUGAAGAGAUAGGGUCUUACCUUUUUUUUAGAACGGUCAGUUCAUCCAAAAUAACUCUUCCCCACGCUUCAGACUCUGUAUUGCAAUAUUAAUUUGUUUUAAAUAAACGUAGUGUCAAUACAGUAUGCAACGCACGGUUUGUCAGCUGUUUACUUUGAGCUGCGACUCAAAACCACAUUAAAAGUUUGAUUUUCUGAAACGUGAUACCUUGUACAAGUGAGUACUGUGGAAUAAAUAGCUCAACCUAUAACGUGCCACCUCCGUUAA